GAGAGAGAGAGAGAGAGAGAGAGACGAAGGGGCUUGGCUGGGAGGCUGAGGAGGACCGUGGACCUGAGCGCAGAAGAAGAAGAAGCAGCAUCAAACGAAGAAGAAGAAGAAGAAGAAGAAGUAGAAGAAGAAGAAGAAGGGUCAUCAUCCGACACUUGCUCAUCACUGACCACCGCUCAGGAUUUCAGGCAUUCUUCCCCCUCACCUCCUCUGGCCUGACGGACCCACCAGCUCAUCACCAUGAACUACCUCCGCCGGCGCCUGUCAGACAGCAGCUUUGUGGCCAACCUCCCAAACGGCUACAUGAUGGAUCUGCAGAGGCCGACCCCUCCGGGCUCAUCCACUUCCUCCACUUCCUCCCCCGCCUCCCCGGCCACAGAGCGGCGGCAGCCCCCGAGCUUCCCGACUCCGGCCUCCAACCCUGCCCCGGCCUUGGGUUCAGCCCCGGGCUCGACUUCAGGCGCAGGGGGCUUCCUCAGCUCCUUCUCCAGCGUGGUGAAGAGCGCUCAAAUGGCCCAGAACGUCGCUGCCGCUGCACACGCCAAGUCAGCAGCAAGCGCAGCUGAAGGAGCCUCAACAGGAAGCAGUCAGCCAUCUAAACCUGUCAUACGCAAGCCCAAGAUCCUGCUGGUCGUCGACGAUCAGCACACAGACUGGGCCAAGUAUUUUCGAGGGAAGAAGCUGAACGGAGAGUAUGAGAUCCGGGUGGAGCAGGCGGAGUUCUCAGAGAUCAACCUGGCCUCUUACGUCAACUCGGGAUGUAUGGUGGACAUGCAGGUCAACAAAGGUGGCACCAGAGUGGUCAGGUCCUUCAAGCCAGACUUCAUCCUGAUUCGCCAGCACGCCUACAGUAUGGUCCCCGGCGAGGAUUACAGGAACCUCGUAAUCGGUCUGCAUUUCGGCGGCGUCCCGAGCAGCAACUCCCUCUUCUCCAUCUACAACUUCUGCAGCAAACCUUGGGUGUUUUCUCAGAUGAUUAAGCUCUACCACUCCCUUGGUCCUGAGAAAUUCCCCCUGAAUGAACAAACCUUCUAUCCAAACCACACGCAGAUGGUUACAACCCCUUCCUACCCUGUGGUGGUCAAGAUGGGCCACGCUUACUCUGGCAUGGGAAAGAUCAAAGUGGAAAACCAACAGGACUUCCAGGACAUCACCAGCGUGGUGGCUUUGGCCGGGACCUAUGCCACCACCGAGCCCUACGUCCAGUCAAAGUACGAUAUCCGCAUCCAGAAGAUCGGCAACAACUACAAGGCUUACAUGAGAACGUCCAUCUCUGGGAACUGGAAGGCUAACACGGGCUCUGCCAUGUUGGAACAGAUCGCAAUGACGGACAGAUAUCGUCUGUGGGUUGAUUCCUGCGCUGAGAUGUUCGGUGGCCUAGACAUCUGUGCAGUGAAGGCCGUCCACGGAAAAGACGGCAAUGACUAUAUCAUCGAGGUGAUGGACAGCUCCAUGCCUCUGAUUGGUGAGCACGUGGAGGAAGACAGACAGCUGAUCACAGAGCUGGUGAUCAACAAGAUGGCCCAGAUGCUGCUGGGAGUUUCCACACCUCAGCCUUCCGCUGUCAAGACCACACAGCCCAGACGAGGGGGACACCGCUCUGCUUCCGCUUCUCCGUCUCAGUCGGCCCAGGGCUCACCUCAGCGAGCCCGAUCAGCCACCACCUCACCCAGCCAGGCCUUUCAGCCUGGACCCAUCCCCGCCACCUCCGGGCCUGCAGCGCAGAAACAGUCACCACAGCUGAAUAAAUCCCAGUCGCUGACCAACACCUUCACAGAGACGUUACGAGGAAGCCUGACCGACGACGAGGCCAAAGCCGAAACCAUCCGCAGCCUCCGACAGUCCUUCGCCAGCCUCUUCUCCGAUUAAAAGCCUCCCAAUAAGCUUCCUCUUUCUGUCUGUUGUCAGGUUUGGAGAAAAAAAACAAAAAACCUGACGGUUAAUCUGUUAUGGAGUCUCCCUUCUCCUCAUAGCCUCAGCUUCCUGGUCCUUCUCUUUCCUGCUCAAUGUUUGUGAAGUUUAACACCUGGUGCAACCGUCGUCAGAUCAAUGAUUCUUCUAUCACUAGAAAGGCCCUCAGAGUCAAACUUUAAAAUUUGACAUAUUUGCUUUUGUCUUUCUUAGAGGAGAUAUUAAAGAUGUUUAGUAUGUCAGUGCAGGUGCAGAAAUCAAACCAGAUCCCAUUCAAAUUUCUACUACUUUUUCUGAGUUUGAUGUAUUUGUCUGUUUCCUCUUUAUCGUUCAUGCCAGUUAAGAACAGAUGUAGAAAUAGGUCAAUAUAAGUAUCAGUUCAUCCUAUAUUUUGUCCUCUCCUGUUACCCAUAAUGCUUUGUGUUUUAACGUAACAGCACUACAGUGAUCAUAUCAGAGGACUGAGUCAUUUUCUGGCAUCUUAACGCUGCCAUUAAAGUUGAAUCAGAGUUGAAAAUCAUCAAUAAAAAAAAAUGUGAAUGCCCCGUAGGAUUUAGAUCAGCAGUCAGCUGAUGGCCUUUCUAGUGGUAAAAAAUUACAGUAGAUAAUCAUUAUCUAGUUCAUAAUGCUUGGUAUGUAUAGUCGUUUUUCAGCAUUCUGUUUGUCCAACCAGUGAAACUGUCAUGUUCCUAUUGGUUUAUAUAUACAUUUAGUUAUGAAAUUAAAUUAAUUUAAUUGACUCACAGCUUCCAAACUGUUUGCAGAUGUAUACGGCAAUAUUCCUAUCUGAAACUGUUCCAGUUGACUCAUGACUGAAUCCUCACCAGCGAUUUUGAUCAUCUUGCAAGCAGCCAUAUUUCUCAGACAUCCAUGUGCUGAAAAAACAUAUUGGCUUAUGUAGUGACUCCACAUUACCAAAGUGCUUUUUAAUUUAAAAAAACAUCGUAAAAUCCCCUCUGCACUGGGUCAAAAAAACAAUCACACAGCGAACCAACCUUUUAAGCUUGUGAUUUCACAAGGUGCAAACGCUGAACUGGCUUUAAAACAGCCGUCGUCUUCCAUCCCCCCCUCCCCUGUUCUUCUUUUUUCCUAAUGUCUUGUGCUUUGUGGGGGAUUUGUAUCGUAACUACUACUGCUGUGUGUUUAAAGGCAAACAGUGAGGAUGUAAUAUUUUGAAUUUUAACGUGCUUACAUUUCCACCGAGAUAGAAAAAGAUCCUUUAUUCUCUAAAAACCAAUGAUAACUUAUCAUCAUCUUCGUUUUUGGUCAAAUGGUGUGUAUGUGACAUGUGCAGUGGUAGCAGCCAAAGCAGAUACACUAUUCCAUCCUGCUUUGGAACAGCAUGUAAAUGUUAAGUGAAUGUCAUAUGUAUAAAACCAACACAAGCUCAUGAUCUAAACUAUUCUAUAGCAAGCAAAAGCAAUGGUAACGCUUUAUUUCAUGGGUGUAUGACAUAGGUAUCCCAACCAGGAAAUGUAACUAUUUACAGUAUAAGCAGUUUUCUUUAACUCCUCUAAAUGCCAUUCUCAUUUGGAUUAUUACAUGUUUUUUUUUAUAAAUGGACAAUUUAAUUUAUGUAAAUAUUUAUUUAUUUGAAGGAAACUUAAUUGUAUGUGAAGAUGUUGGCAAAAGAAGUUCAAGCUACCAGUUUGUUUGGAAAUAUUUGGAAGUCUACCAACUGAAUACUGUCUUUUCCUUAUAAUUAGCACUAAAUUAUAUCUUUUACAGGGAAUGUUCUUCUAUUUCAAGGAAUAAUUAGGAAGCCCGUAAAAUAUAUUAUUGGCAAGGUCACUUUUUUCCAAAAAUACUUCCUUGGUGCAUCCACGAUGCAACAUUUUGUUUCUCAAAAAAGGAGAUUGGUGGUAUAUUUGGCUUUUCCACGCAGAGCACAAUCAUAAUCUAAAAAUGCUUCAAUUCUUCUUCUGUAGAAAAUGAUGAAACGGUCUUGUAGUUGGCUCUAUAGUUAUAAGGUGCUACAAACUAAAUAUAUUUUUCAUUUAGAGGAACCUGGACAAUCCAUAUUCCCUCCAGUUUUGUGUCCGAACAUUCCAAACGGAAAUACAAUACAAAAAGGAUAUUUCAAUACCUGUGAGCAGUAGUUGAAUUGUUCUUUUCAUAAUAAUAAAUAUGAUAAACAGUAAUGAUAAUAUUGAUAAUAGUAAUAACAAUAAUGCCCUCCCUAUUUUAAUUGUUUUAAUUUAAUUAAAAUGCAUGAAAUGGUUGUGGUGUGUGUGGGUGUGUACAUGUGUGUAGUUGAAGAUGUAAAUUUAAUAAUGAUACUACACAAAAAGGAUCUGCCCAUUAUUGCAAUAAUUUUGUUAAAAGUAAGUUUUACGCCGUUUUGAUUUUAAACUCCGACGUUUGAAACUUUAAGAGAAGCUGUUAUUUUUUACAAAGCUUUUUAUUUGGUGCUUUGCCAAUCUCACUGACAAAAACUUGAAAAGCUUACAUUGGUUUGUUCAUUGACCUAAAUAAAAAAUACAAACUACAGAGCUCAUUGCCAACAACCGUACAAAGCAAUGAUGCAAGAUUGUAGUUGUACUUCUACAAACAGUUGCUCUGGAGGGAAAAUAAUCUGAUUGGUUGCAUAUAUCAACAGUGGGUGGAGCCACAGAAUCACAGCUGUUAGACUGAUUAAUUGACCGUUUGUUAAGCCCGCCCUCUUAGUUGCUCUUGACAAGUAUGUCAAGUGUUCUGUUCUUGCACGGUAAAUGUGCAGUUUACUAUGAUAAUGAUGACACUUUCACAUUUGUUUGAAAAUUAAUUACACGUUUGAAACAUUGGGUUCUUAAGUAGAAAGAACUUUUCUUUUAAAUUACAUUUCUUGGCCUAUAUGACAACUGUCUAACAUUGUAUCCGCUGUAGCUAAUUAAGCUAAAAUUAGCUCCAUGAGUUGGUUGAAAAUGCUGUCUCUGCCUGACUUCUUAAUGUUUCCAGCUGACUUGGUUUAAAACAGGAAUGCUAUAAGAAAAAAAGUCUUAAAUAUGCACUCAAUGGCUACAUAUAUGAUAUUGUGCCAAAAACUGAAGCUAAAGUUCUUUAAAGCAAUGUUAUGCAACUUUUUUACCUUAACAGCUUCAAAAUUUUUGAUGGUACACUGUGUUGUAAUAGGGAGAACGGUACCUCUUUUAAUUUCCAAGCCUAUUUUUGGAUUAUGUACCUUUAGUGAGCGCAUAGAAAUAGAAUAGAAGUAGGUACGUUUUUAUGUGUACCGUUGCCAUUGCGAGGAUAAUUUAUAAACCAGUGGAGUAGUAGCGUUAUGAAGCACAGAGAGCCAGAGUAAAUUAGUAAAAUGUUAAAACAUAAUGCUUCAUCCCCACAUGCUUGUCACAGUGUAGUGACAAUGUUUUUCGGCUAAUUUUCUAUAACCGGUGCGGAAUUUGCAAGCUGGCUAUCUAGUGGGCAGCUGGCUAGUUAGCUAGCUAACUAUUGCGGCUUAGUUUAUAGCAGAUAAACACACUGCUUAAUCCCUCCCGUACUUUUUCAAGCUUGUGUAUUUUUGUUUUUGCUUCGUCCCCACAUGCUUGUCACAGUGUAGUGACAACGUUUUUCAGCUGACUUUCUGUAACCAGUGCGGAAUUAGCAAGCUAGCUAUCUAGUGGGCAGCUGGCUAGUUAGCUGGCUAACUAUUGCUGCUUACCUUAUAGCAGAUAAUCACACUGUUUGAUCCAUCCCAUACUUUUUUUUAUCUUGUGUAAAAAUAAAAGAUUACGCUCCAAACAUGUAAAUCCAAAGCUUGGCAGGCCUGCAAUGACUACGUUACGUUUGGACAAAUGCUGUUCAGGUGAGGGGUUUAGCGAAUGGUCAAUUUGCCUGCUAAUUCUUUGCCAUUCAAGUUUUACAUCGCUGUGAUUCUUUAGCCCACUCCACACCGGUUUAUCUGAGGAUUAUUUGCAGAAGCGAAUAUUCUGAUCUGUAGUCAGCUUUAUCUUGUCUCGUGUCUUGUUAUUGAGCACUUUUGCCAACGCUUCAACACUUUUGGCACUGUGUCAAAAUGGACCAAAUGAGCAUUUCAUUGUGAGACCGCUUGAAGGUUUAAAUCCUAUUGUUUUGUCUUUUAUUGUAAAGAUGCCUACGUAAUACUGCAGCGUUAUAAGCCAUAACCAAACCACAAGGAUUUACUAUCCCUGCCACGCAAUAAUGGCUGUGACGUCACUGAUAAACUCAUGUAAUGACUUAAAUCACUGGGGCCUGUCCUGCCCUGCAGAGUAACUUUUUUUUGGUUUUGAGUUAAAUGAAGAGAAAUCAUACCACGCAGUUGAAUUCUGUGCUACUAGUACUUCUGUCAGGAUGAAAGAUAAACUUUGAUGUCACUUUUCUCAGUUAAAAAGUUUAGUUAGUUUAAAAAUGCAGUUUUGGAUCCAGGUGAUGCCAUACCCAUCUUUUGGGUCAGAUUCUAAUCAAUGACUAGAUUUUUAGUUUCUUACUAGUGUACAUUUGCUUUUAUUUUUGUGCCAGAUAAAGUCUCUCAUUCAGCUGUUAUAUCAUAACAAACCUUUUACACGAUUGGAACUGAGCUGCAAAGUGGACUAGUAACUACCUCAAGCUCAGCAGUGCUCUGCAGAAAAACUGACUAUGGAGUGGUAGUACUGGAAAAGAUUUUGUGAAAUGAGAAAUCCAUAUAAGUGCGAGAAAGGGGAUUAGAAUUUGCCCCCCUUCGCCGGAAGAGAUUAGUUUGAUACGUUGACUGUAGAUAAAUGACAAUGUAGUGUCUGUGACAUCAACCUGAGGAGGAUCUAGAUGGCGUUCCACCAGUUUUAUCUAUGGAUGUAUAAAGAGAACUUGAUACAAUGUUGAAGGCGCACUAGCGUUUCCUUUAACCCCCGCCUCCCAGUUGCUCUGUUUCGGACUCAUUCACAUGAACAGUAGCUCUAUUUUUUUCAACUUUUUGGAACUAAUGGCUAUUUAAAUGUUCAUACUAGGAAGUUAAUUUUACUUAAAAAAUCAAUAUACGCUGCUUUAUGGACGUAUCUUUCCCAAUGUAAGUCUAUGAGAAAAAGUAUUUUUGAGCCAAAUGGCAUCACAUGACGACCCGGGAGUUGUAAUUCCACGGUUCGGCCACUACGAAAACAUUGGCUUCAAAGCCCCGGCACUCUUCCUGGGGUUUGGACUGUACCCGUCAUUGAUGCAAAGGAGGCAACUGCCCCACUGGCCUCUGUUUGAUUAGAUUAUCUGUAGCCAGAUCUUAGAUUAUUUUUAUAUCCCAUCAAUAAUGAUUUGGAAAGUUUAGCUUUUCAUUUAUGUAUUCAGUUUCAUUUAAGGCCAGAUAAAGUUCAUGUAAUAAAGCUUCCAUUUGUGACCUGUUGUGUACGCCGUACUAAUUGGGGGACAACAGCUCAUUUGUGCCCCGGGGGUCCCAGAGCAGGUUAAUCUGGCCCUGGUACCCUUUUUUGGGUUAGGGUUUCCUUUUGUUUUAGUUUUUUUGUGCCUGCAUAUAGUGGGCAUGAGAGGACAAUAUUUAAAUGUAAUUUUUUUUCCACCAAAAAGACAAUAGGGCUUGAAGAGAUAUCGUGUAAAGUCUUUUACUUGAUUGACAGCACUCCCUGCCAAUUCACAGCCUCAGCCCCAAUUAGACUUUCUCACUGAAAACUUCUACCUUCCAAAUGAAUCUUUUGAUGUCACGGACACUACAUCCAUUAACAGUGUGAGCUCAUUUCACAAAGUUUUGCCAGACAAGAGUUGCAUCACUUCACCCACAUCUCUUCUUUACGACGUGAUUUCCGUUAAACAUGACGUAUACUUUGGAGGAAAGGCAAUACUUUGUUAUGUUUACCAUUUAUUUUUCUUCCAGACAAGUCACGGGUUCAACUUUAGGUGUGUUGAACUGAUACAUAACUCAACACUUGUUGAAUAUGCAGCCACAGUCUUGCCAUUAAGUACAGCUAAUACUGCAAGGAACACCAAGUCCACUUUAAAUGUGGCAUUUGUAAAUGAGAGAUAUAAUUUCCUUGCACGGCUUUAUUUGCCGAUCUUUCAGCCCACUGUCCCUUCCUCUCUGCUGAAUGGUGGGUGGUAUUGUAUGGUAUUUUAAGUGUAUUAAUGUUCUGUAUAUCGGUGUAAAUGUGGCAUGAAAACCGAACCCCUCUUGUGUGCCUCAGGUGUGUAAAUUUGGUCGUUAUGUGAUCUUAAUGUCUGGCUGCUUAUUUGUGAGACGGGUGAUGCAUCUCAUGUGUUUCUGUAAUUUAUAAGUAUUAAGAUUAUUUUGAUUCCUGUAUAUUUCUGUUCUUUUGUCUGAAAAGCAAGAUUUCUUUUAUUAAAGGUAACACUUUUAUUACACCUUGUGGCGCAUUCCAGUUUCUCUCAGUCAUCCACAGUGCUCAACAUGAGAACAUUUGAACAUUUUUCUCCAUUUAUGGUCAUUGUAGCAGAUGCCCUGGCUCUUGCUCUACUUUUAAAAAAGACCUGUUUGAAACAUGCAACUUUCAGAAUAUGUGGUGAUAAUCUGAAAAUCCCUUCAUCUUGGAUUACGACCAUGUUUUAUUCCUCUUGGCAUGAAGCUCGGGUGUUAAAAGCUGACUGACAACACAAGGCCACAGGGAGGGAAACCUGCCGGUUUCCGGCACUGCCUUUCAUCUGCUGCCCACUUCAUGUCGAGCUUUCAAAUUAAUUGUAUUCGACACUAAUGUUGCAGAGGUAAAGUGAAACACAUUCACCCAUGAACAUGUUACUGCACGCACACGUUAUUGCGUUUCGAAGAAAUUGCAUCAUCACGCAGAUAUUUCUGAGAAUACAGUACUUUGUCUUAAUUUGCCUGAAAAUAUUCUGUUUAUUUUUUUAUUGUUUAAAUCGCUUGAAGGUAAAAAAGUUUGGAAGUGCAUGCAUGGAGAUGACUUUUAUUUGCUUAUUUUUUUGUCAAUAAAUGUAAACAUCA